AUGCCCCCACGGGGACCCGAGCGCAAGUCUCUCGCCUCCCAUCCGGCUCAGCAUCCUGGCCUCCGCAGGCAGGUAGAGCCUCCGGGGCAGCUCUUGCGCCUCUUCUACUGCACAGUGCUGGUCUGCUCCAAAGAGAUCUCCGCGCUCACGGACUUCUCUGGUUACCUAACCAAACUCCUGCAAAACCACACCGCCUAUGCCUGCGAUGGGGACCACUUGAAUCUCCAGUGUCCUCGGCAUUCUACGAUAAGUGUCCAAUCGGCAUUUUAUGGGCAAGAUGAUGAAACAUGUAGCUCUCAACAGCCUGUAUCCCAGAGGACAGACAGCCUAACCUGUGUGGCCUCCACCACACUGCAGAAGGUGAUGGAUGAGUGCCAGAACCAGCGGGCCUGCCACCUCCUGGUAAACAGCCGUGUUUUUGGACCUGACCCUUGUCCAGGAAACAGUAAAUACCUCCUGGUCUCCUUUAAAUGCCAACCUAAUGAAUUAAAAAACAAAACCGUAUGUGAAGACCAGGAGCUGAAACUGCACUGUCAUGAAUCCAAGUUUCUCAACAUUUAUUCAGCGACAUACGGCAGGAAGAUGCAGGAGAAGGACGUCUGCUCCUCUGAUGCGCGCCAUCUCUUCCCUUUUGACUGCUUGUCGUAUACCACUUUGCAAGUGUUAUCCAGGAGAUGCUAUGGGAAGCAGAGAUGCAAAAUCCUCGUCAACAAUCACCAUUUUGGAAGCCCCUGCCCACCUGGAGUUAAAAAAUACCUCACCGUUACUUAUGCAUGUGUUCCCAAGAAUAUCCUCACAGCGAUUGAUCCAGCUGUCGUUAAUCUAGAACCUCCUUUGAAGAAGAGAAAUAGCAACUAUGGUAUAAACUUUGACCCAAGCGAAUCCAGGGUUCUGAGAAAAGAUGGAGUGAUUGUUAGCAACACUCUGGCAGCAUUUGCUUACAUUAGAGCGCACCCCGAGAGAGCCGCCCUGCUGUUUGUGUCCAGCGUCUGCAUUGGCCUGGUCCUCACCUUGUGUGCCUUGGUCAUCAGAGUGUCCUGCACCAAGGACUUCCGGGAGCUGCAGCUGGGGAGGGAGCACCUGAUGGCGGGAGGUGACAAGGUUGAGGAGAACAGCGAGGACGAGGAGGAAGAGGAGGGCUCCUCAGACUCUGAUUUUCCAGGAGAGCUCUCAGGGAUUUGUAGGACUUCCUAUCCUGCCUACAGUUCCAUAGAAGCUGCCGAGCUCGCAGAAAGGAUUGAGCGCAGAGAGCAGAUCAUUCAGGAAAUUUGGAUGAACAGUGGUUUGGACACCUCGCUCCCAAGAAACAUGAGCCAGUUCUACUGA